AUGGACGCAAAGAGGCAGGUGGUUAACUUCGGCGCGGGACCCGCUAAGCUACCGCGCUCGGUAUUGCUAGAAGCACAGAAAGAAUUGGUGGACUACAAAGGACUUGGUAUAAGUGUACUUGAAAUGAGCCAUAGGACAUCUGAUUUCUCAAAAAUUAUAAACACAGCUGAAAAUCUCUUACGUGAAUUGCUAAAUAUUCCAGAAAACUACAAAGUCAUUUUCCUCCAAGGGGGUGGGUCUGGUCAGUUCAGUGCUGUUCCACUUAACCUUAUUGGACUAAAAGAAGGAAGAUGUGCAGAUUAUGUGGUUACUGGAGCUUGGUCAGCAAAGGCAGCUAAGGAGGCAGAGAAAUAUGCCAAAGUGAACAUUGUUCAUCCUAAACUUGGAAGUUACACAAAAAUUCCUGACACAAGCAGCUGGAAUCUUAAACCGGAUGCCUCUUAUGUCUACUACUGUGCUAAUGAGACUGUUCAUGGUGUGGAGUUUGACUUUGUACCUGAUGUCAGAGGAACAGUCUUGGUGUGUGAUAUGUCAUCAAAUUUCUUGUCCAGACCAGUAGAUGUUUCCAAGUUUGGUGUCAUUUUUGCUGGUGCCCAGAAGAACGCUGGCUGUGCUGGAGUAACUGUGGUAAUAGUGCGCGAGGAUUUGCUGGGCUUUGCACUUAAAGAAUGCCCUAUAGUAUUGGACUACAAAGUACAAGCAGGAAAUGGCUCAUUAUAUAACACUCCUCCAUGCUACAGUAUCUAUAUCAUGAGUUUGGUCCUGGAAUGGAUAAAGAACAAUGGUGGGACUCCAGCUAUGGAUAAACAGAGUUCAAUCAAAUCACAAAUGAUUUAUGACAUUAUUGAUGAAUCCAAUGGAUUCUAUGUAUGCCCUGUGGAGAAAAAGAGCCAAAGCAGAAUGAAUAUUCCAUUCCGCAUUGGCAAUAUUAAGGGUGAUGAAGCGCUGGAAAAGAAAUUCCUUGAUAAAGCUGUGGAAUUGAAUAUGAUCUCUCUGAAAGGACAUCGAUCUGUGGGAGGAAUACGUGCUUCUUUAUAUAAUGCUGUGACAAUAGAAGAUGUUCAGAAGCUUGCAACAUUCAUGAGAAGCUUCAUGCAGAUGCAUCAGCCAUGA